UUGCACAUUGAGAAAUAGAAAUAAAUAUUCAAUCAUGAAUAUGACUUGUGAGAGUCAGAACAAAGAGAUGAGAGAAGAACAAGAAACAUUGAAAGACGAAGAAGAAAGUUUCGCUUAUGCUAUACAACUUGCAAUCUCUAUUGCACUUCCCAUGGCACUUCAAUGUGCAAUUGAGCUCGGUGUAUUUGAAGUGUUGCAAAAAGCUGGUAAGGAUAAUUAUCUCUCCGCCGACGAUAUUGUUUCUCGUCUUACCAACAUUAACAAUCCAAAAGCUUCUAAAAUGUUAGAUCGCAUCCUUGCUCUUCUCGCCUCUCACUCGGUGCUUAAUUGUCGCAUCAUUCCCCAUGAAGAAAACCAUUUUGAUUCCUUUCAAAGACACUAUAGCAUCACUUGUGUUUCCAAUUUCUUUGCUCCUAAUUCUGAUGGUGUUUCGCUAACACCCUUGAUUGCGUUGAAUAAUGAUAAAGUUAUUCUUGCUAGUUGGUCUCAACUUAAAGAUGCAAUUCAGUUAGGAGGUACUGCAUUCAAUAAGGCUCAUGGCACACAUAUAUUUGACUAUCCUAAAUUGGACUCGAGGUUCAAUCAAAUUUUUAAUACAGCGAUGAAGAAUCAUUCAACUAUAGUCAUGAAGAGGGUUCUUGAAUGCUACGAUGAUUUUGAGAACAUAAAAAGACUUGUAGAUGUUGGUGGUGGUCUUGGGAUCAACAUUAACCUGAUCACUUCAAAAUACAAUCAUGUGCAGGGUAUCAAUUUUGAUCUGCCUCAUGUCAUACAACACGCUCCUUCUUAUCCUGGAGUGGAGCACAUCGGCGGAGAUAUGUUUGAAUGUGUGCCCAAAGGAGAUGCUAUUUUUAUGAAGUGGAUACUUCAUGACUGGAGCAAUGAACGUUGUUUGAAACUUAUGAAGAAUUGUUAUGAUGCUAUUCCCAAUGAUGGAAAGGUGAUAGUUUUGGAGGCACUUCUACCUGUUAUGCCUAAGAAUGAAGUUGUUUGGAAAUCCAUCUCUCAAAUGGAUAUUCUAAUGAUGACUCAUUGCUUAGAAGGUAAAGAAAGAACCGAACAUGAAUUCAAAGAUUUAGCAACUAAAGCUGGAUUUCGUGGCAUCAAAUAUAGAUGUUGUAUUUAUAAUUUUUGGGUUAUGGAGUUUUUUAAGUAAUUCUACAAUUACAAUAUGGAAUUGUAAUUGUUGGCUACUACCUACAAUGCUACUUCUUUUAUUGUUUCGCUGGUUUCUUUAUAUUGUGUUUACUGUUUAGUGAUAUUGGUAAAAUAAAUAUGACAAUUAUCGUA